CCUAACUUUAAUAAAAAAUCCUAUCGAAUCUAAACUUUACUCUCUCUUCUUUCUCUCAAUCGCUUUUUUUUUUUUUUUUUUUGGUAAAAAUCUCUCAAUCGCUUUCUUCUCCUCUCUCUCUCUAUCUCUCUCUCUCUCUCUCUGUACAGUUGAAUGAAUUGGAUGAAACAAAACCAUGCUGCUGCUCUCCCCAUCCCCAAUAUCCCUCCUCGGUGCUCUUCUCCUCUGCUUACCCCUCGCCCUGAUCUUCACCAUCACCACUACACCCACCACCACCACCACAAACGGCGGCGCCACCUCCUCCCCCUGUAUUAUCACUACCACCGGCGGUGCCAGCCCUUUCCAAACUACCCUCACCACCAACACUUCUGUCAAAAAAACCACCUCCAACCCAGUACUCACCGCGAUCAAAUCCACCAUUAAAACCCGACGACCAACAAACAAUCACACAACCACCGCUCCCCCGCCGUCCACGGCGGAAAUCUUUGUCGACGACGACGACGACAACGCUCUGUUCCGACUCGCCGCCCGGGCCAACCCGAACCCAACAAGCCCGAGGAAAAUAGCCUUCCUCUUUCUAACCACCACACCACUCCCUUUCGCUCCAAUUUGGGAAAUCUACUUCAGGAAAACCCCCAAAAUCCUGUACAACGUAUACGUACACGCCGACCCGAGUUACCGGUACGACCCGCCCUUCUCGGGCGUGUUCGAGAACCGGGUCAUACCCGGCUCCAAGCCCACCCGGCGCCACUCCCCCACCCUCAUCUCCGCCGCGCGCCGGCUGCUCUCCCACGCGCUGACGCACGACCGGUCGAAUUCCAAGUUCGCCCUCCUCUCCCCCUCCUGCAUCCCGCUCCACUCCUUCCGGUUCACCUACAAAACCCUGACCCGGUCCCGGAAGAGCUUCGUCGAGAUCCUGAAGAACGAGAGCGGCGCGUGGGAGAGGUGGGCGGCGCGUGGGGAGGAAGCCAUGCUGCCCGAGGUGCCGUUCGACGAGUUCCGGAUAGGGUCCCAGUUCUUCGUGCUGACGCGCAGGCACGCGAGGGUGGUGGUGGCCGACAGGAGGCUGUGGGCCAAGUUCAACGCGCCGUGCGCGGAGCCGUACACGUGUUACCCCGAGGAGCAGUACUUCGCCACGCUGCUGAACAGGAAGGACCCGCGCGGGUGCGUGCCGGCCACGCUCACGCACGUGGACUGGGCGGGGAGGGACGACGGUCACCCGAGGACUUACAACGCGACGGAGGUGGGGCCCGAUCUGAUCGUGCGGCUCAGGAUGGGGAGGCCCAGGUACGGCGAUGAGGAGGAGGAGGUCGCGAUCAACGGCUCGGAUGCGUCUGUGAGGAAGCGGCGUCACCCGUUCUUGUUCGCUAGAAAGUUCUCCCCGGACUCGGUCGAGCCGUUGUUGAGUAUGGCGGGUGGCGUCAUCUUUAGAGAUUAGGAUGGGGCUAAUUUUGUAAAUUACUACUCACUACUUUUUUUACUAAAAUACUGGUUUUGUGUUUUUCGAUAUAUGUAUAUACGUAAUAAAGUGUGAGGAAAAGACGGGAUAAACCCGUGCUUUUUGGCUUUA